GACCUCCAGUUGUGCGGAGCGCGGGUGGUUGUGUCCCUCGGGGUGCUAAGCACGCGCCUGCGGCUCGGAGCUGUGUAGGUUGAUCAACUCCAAAAUGUUAUCUCAAAAUCUGUGCCAAGUUUGCAAAUGUUUGUUUCUGUGUAACUUGAAACUGAAUUCAGUAAAUGUGGCUGGUUUGGCCAGAAGGAUCCAUUCUUCAUCAAAAAAGCUUUCUGACUCUGAGUCAAAGGACCAAACUGUCCAGAAAUGUGAAACUGAAGAGUUGCCUCAAAGUACAGAAAACAAUAAUUUUGGAAGAUUGCACAUACCAGUGAUGCUGGAGGAGGUUGUUAAUUGUUUAUCCCCUCAGCCAGGUCAGCUCUUCCUGGACAUGACGUUUGGAGCUGGAGGUCACACAACAGCUCUCCUGGAGAGAGCCAGUGGCAUCACUGUGUAUGCACUGGACAGGGAUCCCACAGCCUAUAAAAUAGCCCAGCAGCUUGCAGAAACCCACCCGAAGCAGAUUCAUCCUCUUCUAGGACAGUUCAGCCAGUCAGAGGCUUUGUUAAUCUCCUCUGGGGUGGAGCCGGGGACUCUGGAUGGCGUUCUCCUGGAUGCUGGCUGCUCUUCCAUGCAGUUGGACACACCCGAAAGAGGUUUUUCCCUGCAGAAGGACGGACCUUUGGACAUGAGGAUGGACGGUGACAGAACAUCUCUCUUUCAGAGGUCUAUUAUUUCCAGUUUCUCUGCCUGUACCCCCAGAUGCCCACGGCAGCCGAUGCAGUACCCCCAGACGCCCACGGCAGCCGACGCCGUGAACACCUCCAAGGUGUGCAGUGUGCAGUGUGUGAGUGUGUACCCCCAGACGCCCACGGCAGCCAACGCCGUGAACACCUCCAAGGUGUGCAGUGUGCAGUGUGUACCUCCAGAUGCCCACGGCAGCCGAUGCAGUGAACGCCUCCAAGGUGCUUUUCCAGCAUCAGCUCUCUACGCACGGAAGGAUUUGCUCCAGAGACCUGCACACGUUGCCACUAAAACUUUCCAAGGGCUGAGGAUCUUUGUGAAUGAUGAGCUCCAUGAGCUCUUCCUGGGGCUGAAGACAGCUGAGAAGUUUCUCAAGCCUGGGGGUCGCCUCGUGGCCCUGUCCUUCCACUCCCUGGAGGAUCGGAUCAUCAAACGUUUCCUGCACGGGAUCGACAUGACAGAGAAGCACAACCUUGGCUCAAGGCAGAAGAUAAGGCAGGCUCUGAAAAAAACCUCCAGAGGAGAUGCACACGAAGCUCCCGGUGGAAAAUCCAACUCCAAGUGGGUUUUUAUACAGAAAAAAGUUCUCACACCCCAGGCCAAGGAAAUUGAAGCAAACCCAAGAGGAAGGUCGGCCAAGCUGAGAGCUGCUAUUAAACUCUAAACCAAAAUGCAUUAUUACAUGAUUUUAUAAUUUCCUUACAUUCUGUUUUCCAGAAUGCUAACUGGACAGAUGGUAUCAAACUGGAAAAAUAAAAUGGAGUCUUUUAGAAAACAUUUAUUUCUUACCUUUGGGCUUCUUUAUGAUUAGUGAGUGGUAUAGAGCAUGAAAAUGCAAAAUAAAUGCUUAUAAGUGGGUGUCACUAAUUAUACAGAAAAGACAUCUUUUUUUGAAAAGAGCAUCAAAUACCAAAUUUAUAGAAGUUGCAGGUUUGAUGUGUUUGUAGUAUUCCCUUUAGAUUAAUUUCAAGAUCCUGACAUUAACAGUCUAAAUUCAGCAGCUAGUUGGGACAUAUUUUUAUGGGGGUGGAUUUCCCACACCUAAUGCUGAUGUCUGGGUUAGUCUAGAGUAAGUUUAAACUAACCUAAGAAUUCUUGAUAUGUAUGUGUCUACCUUGUUGCAUGAAUGCCUAUGGGACAAGAGCUAAUUCUUAAAUAAAGUGGCAUCUAUCCAGGAAUUUGUAAAUGGGCUGUUACCUUUUGUAAAAUAAAUAUUUACAUCUGAGUGAUAACCUGGCUGUUUAAUGAGUAAUAAUUGUAAAUAAUAAAUAUAUCUUGGGGGAGAAAAGAGUUCUUAAAAAGGGAACCAUAACUUCUGUGCAUAGAUCCACUACAACUUUUAGGUGUGGGUGGAAUUAUUAUUAACCCAUU